AUGAGUUUGAAGUUGCUAGAGAGGCAGAUUAGUGAGAUCACUUCACCAGUAGAUUCCCUGGAGUCCACUGUGAAUGCUUCAAUAGAGACAAAGGUGCAGGCCGAGCUCCAAUCUUGGUUUGCCGCCUUCCUCCAACAGAUGGAAGAGUCUAGCCAAAUUCCAAACAUUCUUCAUUCCGACAGGACAUGGCUAAAAGAGUACUGGGCNGAGUUUGAAGUUGCUAGAGAGGCAGAUUAG